AUGACCCCGACUGCACAACCAGGUGCUAGCAGCCCGCUCAUUGUAGGAGCGUCUUCGAUGCACGACGACGAAUUCCGGGAUCUGUCCGACGAUGAACUUGCGGUGGCCUCCAACUUCUUGCGCUUCUCUCCCACCCCAGACGACCUGCAAAGCCUAGCAAGCCUUGGGUCAAACCAGCAGAAAGCCUUUCUCAAUCCCCAGGAGCUAAUCGCCAACGUUGGCUUCCCCGACUCGCCCAACGGCUCAUUACCAGAUUCUUCCUCGGACUCUACCGCUUCCGUAAAAAGGACAGGAAGCUGCACGCCGGCAAAGACACCAGCAGCAGACAUAAUAGCGACCGACGAAUUAGACGACACCAUGGAUUGGGGAAACCGGGAUAUUCCCGACUUGAGCGAGGACGACCCAGCCUAUCCGUUUACUCGCGAAGAUGAAGCCUUGGACAUGACUAUCUUUCCCGGCUUUGGUGGUGACCGCGAAGAUACCUUCAUGGGCCAUGCGUUUGAUUUCCCACCAGCCCCUUCGGGAAAUCUUGACAACACGCCGAGCAGCCUCGCAACCAUUCCUUCUCCCAGCAUGCCCGCCAUCAAGACUAACAAUUCGGCAAACGUGGACCUGCCGAUACCAACGCAUGAUGGGCAUCAGAAGAAGAAUUCGUACUCAGCGGCAUCCAUGGGACAAACCAGAGAGGCGUCGCGAGAAUUGUCGCCAAUGUCGAACAUGGUAACUAGUCAUGAUGGAUCGCCAGCGGGCGCUAUAUUCAAAAUACCCUCCCCAAGAGGUCUCCAUGCCAUGUGGGGAACAUCGCUGAACUCUCCGCCAAACAUCUCGGAUACACUGCCCAGCCAUUCGAGUUUCAAUGCCCAAGUAUCACAAAUCCAAACUUCAUUAUUUCCGCAAGGCAUCCCGCCAUUCAAGAAUGACAACAUUCUUUUCACUGAAAAUUCCAACUACGGCAUCAACUUCUCCAACGGCAUUGGCGAGCAAAGCAGUGCUAAUGACAUUAACAAACCCGCCGCAUACAACUUUACCGGGGGAUAUGAGCUCAAAAUCUUCCCGACACCCCUCAAGUCCCGUGUAGAGACACAGAUUCCCAUAAAGAUGGCACUAGACCCGCUCCCACCAGGGAUCACCAAAUUGCAUUUGCCACCUCACACAAUUUCUAAACCUAAACUCAUGGCGAAGCCUGCUGCGCAGAAGUCUCCCGAUACCCUCGAACUUUUUGUCAGUUUGGUCUGUACCAGUGCCAUGGAUCAGCCAGAUAAGCGAAAGGCAGCUUUGGAGAGGGCUGCUUCGAGUCCCCAGGGCUACCUCCCGGAAGAUAAUGAUCCGCUCAAUGCACAGAAAGGAGGCGACGUUCGCAUCUGUGCUGGCUGUAUCACAAGAGAGCGCAAGAGAGCGGCCAGGAAGAAGGUCAAGAAACCCGAAGAAGAUCAGAUGUGGAGCCAGGAUGAGCAGCGCCGUGUCGUUGUGUUCAACACUUCGGAGAUCAAAGACUGGCAGCCCAUCAAUGGUAUUUUGGACAACCAUGGACGGCCAGAGCAGAAUCGACACCCUCGCGCCAUGCAAGUUGACGCCCCUAUGCGAAUUGCCUGCUACUGCCGCCACCAUGGCGAGAAGAUGGGCUUCAACGUCAUCUUCACCAUCAAAGACUGGAAGGACAACGUCAUUGCGCAGGCCAUGUCGAACCCGAUUAUGAUUACCGAUGACCACAAGACUAACCCCAUGACGCAGCAGCUGGGGCAGCCGGCCAUGUCAGAAGCCGUUUCGAGCUCUUCACUGCAGCAGCCCAUGGAUACCGACAAUCUGGGGAUGCAAACACAGCCGGGCUCUCCCUUUGCAUUCUCUCCUUCCGCAAUGCAAAGCAGCAAUGGCCAGGCUGCCCCAUACGCUCCAUCAUCUGGGAAAAAUACUCCUACCAUGGCCGCGGCAGGAGUGUCUGGGCGGUCCCUAUCACGGCCUCCUUCGCCUAGCCAGGGCGGCCCUGCCAAGAAGAGGAAAUCGAGUGCUUCUGGUAGAGUACCCAAUGGUUUAACCAUGACACGUAUGGAUGCCUCGCCAAACGUGCCCGCUCAAAACAACAUGAGUCAGCACGUGUCUGCCGCAACCUCGCCCUUCUCACCCAAUCCACACACUUUCUCGACGCCCGAGGCAAUGUUUGGCACCAUGAAUAACACCCAAAUCCCGUUUACGAAUGGACCCACUACGCCCAAUAGUAACGAACAAGUCCCAUUUUUCGGCAAUAGACGCUCUGAGAGCAUGGAUAAUUUGGCCAUGGCCCAGCUUUAUUCUGCUCCAACAUCCAGCCAUCCCAGUCGUGCUCCUAGCCCUAGCGGGCUCCGGAAUGGCGUUAACUCUGCAUCGCUUAGCCAACUCUCUGGCCAGUUCUCACAGCCCAUUGGCCGUGGCCUCUAUGCGAUGCCUCCAGCCUCAGUAAACGAGCAGGUGGCAAUUCCUAUAGUCCACAAGGUUAUCCCUGGCGAGGGCCCCAAGGUGGGCGGCAUCGAGGUUACCGUCAUUGGAGCUUCUUUUAUCCAAGGGCAUGAGGUUUGGUUUGGCAGCGUCAAGGCUAUUACAACCACCUUUUGGGGACCGCAAGCGCUGGUAUGCCUGCUACCUCCUUCUGCAGUUGCGGGCCCAGUCCCUGUGACGCUCGGACGGCAAGAAGCGCUUGGCUUCCCCAUCGCCAAGCAGCCCCCAAUGUUCAAAUAUAUCGAUGAUACCGAAGACAUCUUAAUCCGUACCGCUCUUGCUGUACUGGGCCACAAGAUGUCCGGCCGGGCUGUCGACGUGAAUGAACUUGCACACAGGAUUCUAAACGAUGGCGGCUCAAGCUGGGGCAAUGGGCCAUCUUCUAAUGGUGGCUCGUCAGGCAAUGGCCCUGUAUACCACCAGGCGGCGCCGAAUGAGACACACCUUGAAUCUCAGCUUCUCAGAGUUCUUGACCUCAUCGAUCUGGAUGACAGUCCUCACAGGACGCAGCUGGACCUGAAGGGGUCCUCUGGACACACUAUGCUACAUUUGGCCUGCUCUCAGGGCUAUCACCGUUUGGUCGCUGCUCUUCUCGCCCGCGGCGCAAGCCCCUAUGUCCGUGACAGAGGUGGCUUCACUCCUCUGCAUUUCGCCGCUCUUUAUAAUCACCCAGAAAUUGCGCGACGACUACUGCUUGCAGGAGCUGAUCCAACAAUCCGAAGCUUAUCGAGCCUAACUGCCGUCGACGUAGCCCAGUCGAGAGCUGUCGUUCGCACUAUUCGUAGCACGCAAAAGCACAACCGCUCCCGCAGCGGAGGAUCUCUUCAGAGCACCUCUAGCAGUGCCGCUUCUCUGCGCUCGCUGUGGGAACCGUUGACUAGAGCCCACACUCACGAAGAACCCAUUUCUUUGGAUCCGAGCGAAGAAAGCCCCGAGUACACAACCGACGACUUUGAAGACGAAGAUUCGGAUGAUAAUGACCUCCUCCAGAUGAGGCGACCAAGCGGCAUCGGACUAGACAAGGGCGUUGUGCUAGAAGAAGUUGCUGCUGCUGUUGUCGAUGACGCUAAUAACAGUGUAGCGACGCAGACCACGGCAUUGGCGGCUGCGCUCAAGAACCAGGUCCAAGAGCAGCUUCUGCAGUUCCAGCAGCAGCUUUCCCAGCAGCUCCAAAACUUUACACAUCUCCCUCAGAUUCCUCAAAUGCCAACCUUUGCCGGUAUGCAGGCUCUGCCCGACUACCAGGCCUACCUUCAGCAAGCGCCUUUUAUCCGCAGGGUACAGCAGCUGAUGCCCAACAUGACCGGCAACCGCCCAGAUACCCACGGCGACAAUGAGGCAAAGGUAGAUGGUCGCUGGUGGGAUCUCUCAUCAUACAUGAAUGGUGCAUCGGCGGCACCCCCUGCUUACGAAGACAUUUAUCCUGAAGCGGACAAAGACAUUAAGAUUCAGUCGGCGGCUCGCGCGGCUCUUGAAGCAGAGGCUGACUUGAAGUACUCGAAGCUAUACGAUCAGCAGCAGCAGCAGCAGCAGCAGCACUCGUCAGUGACUGUGGCCAAGAAAUCUGUCACUACGACCGAGAUCCCGGAGAUCCUUGAAAUUGGACGCAAGCAUGCUAUCACAAAGGAACAACAAGAAAACUUUUUGAGAGCUCGGGAGCAAAAGCUAAAGAAGAUUAGCAAUGAUCGGAACCUCUUCUUUAUUUGGAUCCCUCUCCUUUUGGCUAUGGUCUGCGCGCUGCUUUAUAACUGGUUCCCUGGACUUUUUGCUUUGAUCUGGGAUACUAUCCGGGCUAUUGUUGUAGCAGGACGUACCUUUGCUUCACGCACUAUUCGAGAUCGGUCAGCUCAUGAAAUUCGCGCUGGCUUAACAUGA